CAUCAUGGCAGCCAACAGCAUCUCUCCCGAGCAGUUCACCAAGAUCAAAGAGCUCGAGCUGAUGCCGGCCAAAGUUCUGGAGGAGGAGGCUGACAGCCUGUGCAGGGUGCAGGGCUGCCAGAGUCCCGGUGGGCUGGAGGCAGGCUGCAGCCUGGAGACCCUGCAGACCGGGCCCCCACAAGAGGAGCCAGCGCCGGUGCCAAGCUCCCCGCUGGAGCACAGCAAGCUCGCCCUGGCCCUGCCAAGCUUGCACCUGCCCGCCCUGGACGCGGGGCUGCAGGAGGCUGACUGGCUGGGCCCACAGCAGCCGCAGGAGGUGCAGGUGCUGCUGCAGGAGGCCGUGGCCAGCCUACCCUCGCUGCUGUGGCUGAGUGAGGAGCCCCAGCAGGAGGGGCAGCCGUGUGUGGCCUUCGGUGUCCAGGAAGAGCUGUACUCGCUGCAGGAAUUGGGGGUGAUGCAGUUCCACGUUCUGGAGCAGGGCGUCGCCAGGCUGGAUGUUGCGGGGGCAGGCGAGGGCAGCAAAGCAGUGGCCCUGGCUGAGGGCGCCGAGCUCCGUGAGCUGCAGAGGAGCCAGCAGGAGGAGCCACUGGUGUUGGAAGGAGGGUUCAGUGACAUGCCCCCCGAGCAGCUUUUUCUCCUGGAGGCCGGGCCCGCAGAGGAAGGAGCCGAUGAAAUCCUUCUGACCAUUUCGAGUUUGAACGUGGCGAGCCAAGGAGAGGAACCCAGUGCCACUCCCACCCAGGUGGAGGAAGCCAGCCCUGCCAAGGAGGACAAGAAGACCAGAGAAGCGAGCCGGACCUUCUGCUGCAAUGUGUGCGACUUCUCCUCUUCCCGGGCCUCGAGCUUAAAGCGUCACAUGAAGACGCAUUCCAGCGAGAAGCCACACCUGUGUCACCUGUGCCUGAAGGCCUUCCGCACGGCCAGCCUCCUGCGCAACCACAUUAACACACACACGGGAAACAGGCCCUACAAGUGUGGGGACUGUGACAUGGCCUUUGUCACCAGUGGUGAGCUGGUGCGCCACCGGCGGUACAGACACACCCACGAGAAACCCUUCAAGUGCUCCCUGUGCAAGUAUGCCAGCGUGGAGGCGAGCAAGCUGAAGCGUCACGUCCGCUCGCACACGGGCGAGCGCCCCUUCCAGUGCGGCCUGUGCAGCUAUGCCAGCAAGGACGCCUGCAAGCUGAAGCGGCACAUGCGGACCCACUCAGGAGAGAAGCCGUACGAGUGCCACGUGUGCCACGCCCGAUUCACCCAGAGUGGCACCAUGAAGAUCCACAUUGUGCAGAAGCACAGCGAGAACGUCCCCAAGUACCAGUGCCCUCACUGCGCCACCCUCAUCGCCAGGAAGAGCGACCUGCGUGUCCAUCUGCUUAACCUGCACACUUACCAGGCCACCGAGCUGAAGUGCCGCUACUGCCCAGCCGUCUUCCACGAGCGCUAUGCCCUCCUUCAGCACCAGAAGACCCACAGGGACGAGAAGCGCUUCAAGUGCAGCCACUGCAGCUAUGCCUGCAAGCAGGAACGCCACAUGACCGUGCACGAACGCACCCACACGGGCGAGAAGCCGUUCGUCUGCCUCUCUUGCAAUAAGUGUUUCCGACAGAAGCAGCUGCUCAAUGUCCACUUCAGGAAGUACCAUGAUGCCAGCUUUGUGCCCACUGUGCACCAGUGCCCCAAGUGCGGCAAGGGCUUUUCCCGCUGGAGUAACAUGAACCGCCACGCCGAGAAGUGCGACUCGCGCCCGGAGCAGGCAGCGGCAGCCGUGGCACGGGGGAGGAGAGUGAGAAAGGCCAGGGAUGCACCCGGGGCAGCGCUGAGCGAAGAAGGUAGUGUCCUGGGAGCCGGAAGCUUGUGUCUGGCACACCUGUCACGGCACCAGGACAGGCGCCACGGUCUCCAGCUGUGCUGGUGCAGUGCCUCACUCCCUGCUCCGGGUUUCCCUUCUCCACGUGCUCCCACAGAGCCUGGCAUCCAGGAGGCCGCGUGGGAGGAGGCCUUGGUGCCGAAGGAGGGACUGCUCCUGGAGGUGCUGGAUCCUGCCCUGGACGGAGUGCCCAAGGCCGGAAGCCAGGAGCCGGAACAAGGCCUGACGUGCGAGAUGCUGCUGAACGCAAUGGACCAGUGAUUGGGCCCUGCCCCCAGCCCCGCCCUCUGUAG